UACGGCGGGUGAUCAUCAUUUUGGGUUUCCCGGGCAUUCAGAAUAACACAGAUGUUAUGGUGAUACGACACAGCAUCGGUAAACACAUACAUGAAACGACAAAGACUGCCAGCUCCUUGUACCCGAACCACAACUUCACAACACGUUAUCCAACGUCUCGCUACUUCUUAUUUUGCCAUUCGUUCAGUUGCUUUGGAUCAAGGUUACGAGGUCGGCCUAGUGGAGAGCAAGGACUGACAAUUGCAGUCCAGGGAGGUAUUAGAUGAAGUUUGCGUUCUUCGUCGUCUUUAUUGGAACUGCUACUGCAAUCUGCCCCGGAUUCAACUUUGGUAUCGCUGAUACCCACGGAGGGCCUCCAGGGUCUUGUACAUCCAACUCUUCUCACACGUACAGCUUGAUUCUUACCAACACUGAUCUGGCAGGGCGCGUUUAUGAUAAUUCAUGCAACACCAUCUUGACGGUGUUCGCUGACAACCCAUGUACUCAAGGGGCUUUUGGCUGUUCUCCUGCACCCAUCACGUUUAAUAAGCUGCAUCUAAACGGAGUAUAUUACAAUUGUAGUCGCGAGACCAAUUCCGAGAAAUGUGAACAGAAUGACAUACAAGUUUGUUGUAAAUAGUAUAAUAAUAGCAUAAUGCUCUUGUUCAACAUAUUGUAAACAUACUAUAUCUUGUCCCUCAGGCAUCAGGAAUUGGGCAUGAGAUUCGCUA